CCAUGGGCCGUCGGCUUAUCCAUGGUCUCUCUGGAGCCGCAGUCUUCCUUGUCAGCGUGACUCUCUUCUCCAUGCGGCACCGUGGGGCUCAGGAAACAACUCGGUACCCAGGGCUCAGGGAAGGGAUUUCGGAGAAGCCAGAGCAACGGAGCAAAGCGAGCCCAGAGGGAGGUGGUGGCAGGGAGCAGAAGGACUUGCAAGUCCGUCCUCCGGAGGGAUACAGGACUGAGGAACGCCUGACGCUUGGGGACAUUUUCAUAGCCGUGAAGACGACCAAGAGAUUUCACCAGAGCAGGAUGGAGCUGCUCCUGGACACGUGGAUAUCCCGGGCCAGAGAGCAGACCUACGUCUUCACCGAUGAAGAAGACGACGCCCUGAAAAGGAGAAUGGGCGACCACGCGAUUUUCACCAACUGCUCUGCCGAGCACAGCCACCUGGCCCUCUCCUGCAAGAUGAGCGCCGAGUUCGAUGCCUUCUUGGCCAGCGGCCGGAGCUGGUUUUGCCAUUUGGAUGACGACAACUACCUGAACCCUUGGGCUCUCCUGAAGCUCUUGUCCUCCUACUCUGCGACGUGGGACGUUUACCUGGGGAAACCCAGCCUGAACCGACCCAUCCGGGCCUCUGAAAUGCUGCCAAACAACCAGACGAAAUCUGUGCACUUCUGGUUUGCCACAGGAGGGGCUGGGUUCUGCAUCAGCCGCAAGCUGGCAAGCAAGAUGGUGCCGUGGGCCAGUGGCAGGAACUUUCUGAGCACUUCAGAGCUCAUUCGCCUGCCGGACGACUGCACUGUGGGUUACAUCAUUGAGUGCAAAGUCGGCGGGCAGCUGCUGCCCAAUGCGCUUUUCCACUCCCACCUGGAGAACCUGCAGCUCAUCCCUCCCUCUCGGCUCACGCAGCAGGUCACCCUCAGCUAUGGUGUCUUUGAGAACAAGCUCAAUGUAAUUGAACUCAGCGGUCCCUUCUCGCCCCAAGAGGAUCCCUCAAGCAGGUUUCGAUCACUCCACUGCCAUCUUUAUCCUGAGACCUCCUGGUGCCUGCAGGCUGUUGGCUGGUGAUGCCUGAGCCUCAGCUACAGUGGGUCCCGGUGACAUCCCUUCACCUUGUGUGUGUAGGGGGUGGGACACUGAAGCAGCUUGGUGCUCCCAAUUUCCUCUUUUCUGUAGUGGUCUUGGGGCUGUGUGAUGGCUUUUUUGGUCCUUGCUGAAUACCAGUGACACAGGACAAGAGACAAAAUCUGUCCCAAAGAUGGAUAACACAGGCUGGGCACACGGAUGGGCUUCCCAUCUGUGCUGGGAUACCGGCAAGGGAUGGGAGCAGUAUCCCUUCCUGAGCAGAUCAAGGACUGGGUAGUGACUGCUGGGCACCUGGAUAGAGAUGGAUUCACCUGGAGUAGAAAGGCCCUGGGGAUGGGUAACCAGUGCCCAACUGAGGAUGGCUGAUAGCGUGUCGUGGCUCCAGCCUCUCUGAGCAGGGCCUCUUGCUCCAUAACUGCCUGUGCUUUCCCCACCACCCACUCUUCCCAGCCACAGACCCUUGGCUGAAUGUCUGCUUAGUCAAGGUCUAUAGAAAUGGAAAAUGUGACCAUUUCUGUGCUGAAUGAGUGCUGGAAAAGCGUAGUGCUUGCUCAACAGAGGGGAGGUGGGCAGGAAGUACAAAGAAUCAGGGAUUCCCCCCUCUGCUGGGACAAAGGAGGGGGUGUGGGGUGGGGGAGCCAGGAGGAGACAGACCGAGAUGAGGAUGGCUCCUGCACUGAACAUUGAAGGCUUGAUCUUGGAUUGCCCUGCAUUAUUCCUCUCUUUUUACCUUCUUGAUAUGGGGUCAGGAUAAUCUCUUGCUCUAAUUACCAACCUGUCAUCUGAGAUUAGACUCCAACUCCUACCUGUGAGAGAGGAGACAUAAAGGAUUAGAACUGGCUGAAAGAGAGGAGAAAGGAAGAGAUGGAGAAGGAGUGCUCAGGAGCGGAUUAGAGGUUACAGCUUUAUAAUCUUCUCUGUGCCCUGACCAAAAAAAAUUAAGUCAUGAAGGAAUGGAAACAGCAAGGCAAAGAGCUUUUUAUCUCUGCAUUUCUUUCCUCCAGAUGCUAAGAGCAGCUUUCUGCCUUCCUGCUGUCCCUGCUGAGCACAACAGGGGGAAGGAGCCGGCCCAAAUAGGUUACAAGCUUUCUCGCAUGUUUGUGGAGAGUCCUUUGCUCAGGACAGAGCCUGGCACAGAAGCUGGGUGAUUCUGCUUGCUGGGGAAUGAACUUUGGCACCAUUUUGUCCUUAACCUAACCAUGGUUAAAUGGCUGGGGGAGAGCGUUGCAGGGAAAGCUGGAAAGCAAAGGGGCUGUUUUAAAUGGCAGGUGGUGCCACAAACAGGUAUUUCUCUUUCAAAAGCGUUUCAAAACACACUGCUGGGAUCUGUGAAAGAUUCCUGUAAUCUCCAGAUGAAAGGACAAAUGCCCUUUCUCUGAAGAGCUUCUCAGCUUUGAUGCUGCUGAUGUGACUAAGCCUGCUGCUGGUGGGCUGGAAGAGCCAAGGGCAACUAUCAUUGUGCCCCUACCGUUUUGAAAACUGGCCACCUUGUUGCCUCCUCCCACCCCCCGCCAAGCACCAGCAUCUCCUACACAGCACACACGAGGUUUAAAGGAAAGGCAUCAGAAAGACCUUUCACCUCUGCAAAGGGGGAUGUAGAAAUGAAUGAGCACUUUAGUUUCUGGAGAAGCAGAAAGCAGGAGCCUGUAGAUCUGUUUUCCAGCCUGGUGGUUCUUACCGGCAUUUAACCAGCUUUGUGAAGCAGCAGAGAGCCUUGCUUUCUUCUCUUGCACAACAUGCCUUUGAACUGGAAAUUCAUCCUGAGCAGGAGCAGGGGCCAGAUGAUGCCAAUGACCGUUCCUUGAGUCGUGCAAAGCACUUGGCUCACACAGCUACGCGCACCUAGGAACCAUGUGGCUCAAAACAGAGACACCCAACUAUUGGAAGACAGAUGCAGCAUAAAGAAGUCCUGCCCCACAGGGCAAACGGUUUGGUUUGAAUUCAACCAGAAGAUGAAAAAUGCUACCGUGAGAAGAAAUGAGAGUCUUCAAGAGAAAUCUAUACUACCCGGAUGUCUUCUUUUUUUCCCCAUUCAAACUUUCAGCUGUUGUUAAUCGAGACUUUGAGUUAAAAAGCCAGUCCUAUCUGUAGAUGUCCUGGUGACAGCCAAAGCAAAAUGCGAUUCAUGUGCCCAGAGAAGGAGAAGAAACCAGUUCAGAAGCUUCACUUCCCUGGGGAAAAGCAAAGCAGAGAAACUGGAAGCCUGCUUUGGAUCCUGGCCUCAGCUGGUCUGAAUUGACCUGGAGACUUUUGCAUGGCUGAAGAUCAGAUGUUAAUGGGUUGAGUCCUUAGUGGCUGCAUGGGGACUGGUUUAAGACUGGGCUUCGUUGCUGGAGUGGUUAAGUGCCACUUCUGUGGAAAAUGUCUCAUAAGGAAACUGAGAACAGAUGAGGAGAUGUCUGGGGCAGGGUAUCUCUUGGGCUGUAGAGAAACGAAUGACAGAAAUGUCCUGUUAUGUCUGUGAUGACAAUGCGCUGGAAAGAAAAUAGCUUCUCGGAGUCGACAAAAGAAACCAGGUUUUCUCUAAGAACAGAGAGACAGCUUAAGGGGACAUUCACCACAUGAAAUCUGAUCAACGUUAAAACCUGAGUUAAAAUUAGUUUCAGGAAUGGUUCCUGCCCCUGGGGCUUGCUGUCAGAUGUUGUGGUUUUACAGUCUCAUUUUCCUAGUAUAUUAAAAUGUUUGGCUGCUUGGGAAAAUGAGAAACAACUUCACGUGAAACUUUUCAGGGGACUGUCUUUUUUUAUUCUCUUUCAUGAUUUUCUGAUGUAACAGUUAAAGUUUUUGGAAAGGUUCCACUGGGUCUAUUAAAUAUUUUUUUUCCUUU